AUGAGCUCCACGAACGAGGGGAUUGAUGAAGGUGCCCGUGAGGAUGAGCUUGAUCUUGGCCAGGAAGAUGAGGACCUCCCUGCCCAUGUCAAUGGACAGUCCGAGGAUGCGGACGAUGAUAUAAUAGAAAACAAUGAGACGGAAGAACCAGCAGAUGACCUGCCAUCGGUGAAUGUGGAUAAUCAGGACGACGACCAGCCAGAUGAGGGAACUCCUCAUUUUCUGCUGCAGCAGGCACUGGGCAGCGCCGAUGAGGUCUCGUCCAUUCCGGACGAUACACCAUCUUUGCAUGGCUCUCUGCAAUCCUCACCCAGCAGCAGCGCCAUCGCCUUUCGAGCUUCUACCAGAUCGAGUCCUGGCCCCGCUCACCGUCCAUUCGACCUACGCUUUCAAUCGAGAUUAUCAUCCUCAUCCUUUAGUAGUCCGCGACCAUCAUCUCCACUUGUAUUACACACGCAUUCCCGCAAUUCCUCGUUUGCUAGUCAACCUCCUCUUUCCAAUACACCUGACCUCGAGCCUGAUACACGGCAGGCUCCUUGGGAGGUCGUACGAUGGACAAAGCUGCGCAAGAUUGCAGGACAAUCAUUCUCGGAGAUUGGUCGACGGAAUUUUGGUCGUCCGACUUGUGUAUCAGUGUCGACGGCUAUCGUGCUAGGGACUUCUAAGGGCAUUGUGCUUAUUUUUGACUACCAGCAGAAUCUAAAGACGAUUAUUGGUCCCGGAACGAAGGCUGUCGAAGCUGGCGCCGUCACCUCUUUGGCCAUAUCCGCAGAUCACACAACUGUCGCAGUAGGACACGCACGGGGCGAAAUAUUCACAUGGGAAAUCUCGAGAGCUUCGCGACCGUUCCUUCACAUCCCGCCUAUACCAAUGUCCCAACACGUUCAGGGGGGCGCUCCUGAUGCUCAUAUAACCGGGGUUGCCGUCAUCCAUAUCGGAUUCCUCGGCACCAGACGAACCGCCUUGGUCUCUGCCGAUGAUCGCGGUAUGGCGUUUUCACAUUUGGCAACUCGAGGCAUGGGAGCGGUUGCUAGAACAGUCAAGACAACUAGGAUACUAGGGCGCUACCCGGAACCUCCUUCAGAGGAGGCCAAACCCAAGAAACCCAGCUCUGUUCUUGCUUUCUCACCUCUGCCUCUAGGCAAUGUUGACCAGUCAACGGAUGGUCUCGGCUUAGUCGCAAUGCUUACACCGUAUCUACUUGUUAUCGUGUCAACUACCCCCGUGGCACAUACCCAGUUCAAAGCGCCGCGACCAAAGGAGGUAGGGUCUCACAGUGUCAUGAGUGCUGCAUUGGCGUGGUUUCCCGCAAUCAAACUAAAAGGAAAAGAGGAGGUAUCACAUACAAAGCUUGUUUACUGCUGGUCGAAUGUCUUGACUGUACUAGACGUCCAUGAAUCAGAUGUGGAUGGCGAGCCCUCCAAGGAUCGUCCGCCGGUUCUCGAGUUCCGUCCCAGAAAUCGCUGGCGGGCCAACGAAGCCAUUGUUGCCGUGCAAUGGUUGAGUCGUUCUGUUUUGGCUGUGCUGACUAUUACUCAGCAGUUGCUUAUUCUUGAAGACAAGACACUUCGCGUGACAGACUCUUUUGAUCUCCUCCACAAACAUAUUUACCAUACUGAUAUCUUCUCAUCUCACCUUCGUACUUUGGUGGAACAUUACGAUGAGGAGAAUACAACAAUGCAUGGAGUGGUUGCAGAUGCCUUUUAUCAGAGUUUAAAAACCUACAAGGGCCGUCUCUUCCUGCUAGGGUACAAUGAGUUGUCUGUGGGAAGUCUGUCCAACUGGGCUGAUCGAUUGCUUGCGUACAUGGAAACUGGCGACUUUGUCUCAGCAAUUCGACUAGCAACAUCAUAUUACCAGGGAGAUGCGGAGAAGUUGACAGUCGGGCUGCCCGAAGAAGACGAUCUCCGACACUCGGUCGUCGAAGAAAAACUACUUGAGAUGAUAUCUGCUUCCCUCAAGUUUGCCUUUGGAAGGAACGAAGAUGCAGGCACUGAGCGUGUUCAAAAGUCACAAUUGGAAGCUCUUGCUGAUGCAAGCAUAACUGCAUGUGUUUGCAUGGAGAAUUUUGACUUUCUAUGGGAUGAGGUCUAUGAUUGGUAUGAUGAACACGAUUCAGAGGGCAUCUUCCUGGAUGUCCUCGAACCUUUUAUACGAGACAAUAAAGUCAGGUCUAUGCCACCAACAGCUUUGAAAGCUCUGAUCAACCAUUACUCAGCUACAUACACAUCGACUCGUCUUGAAGAGGUGAUUUGCCUUCUUGAUCCAACUACCAUGGAUAUUGAGCAGGUGACUACGCUGUGCAAACAACAUAACCUGUAUGAUGCUUUUAUCUAUGUUUGGAAUCAUGUGCUGUUGGACUAUAUCGGGCCUUUGGAAGAGCUUUUGGCAUUUGCGACGCGCGUCAUGGACUCUACUGACUCGAGUGUUGCAUCAAUCGAAUAUGAGAAUGCGAUAAAAGUAUUCCCAUAUCUGUCAUUUAUUUUCACCGGACGCACAUACCCUACAGGAGAAGAGAUGAGUGACGAUCAGGCAGUGAAUGCGAAGCAAACAUUGUAUACGUACCUAUUCACAGGGACCCAUCUACCUGGCUCGAAGCAAAAACCAUUCGGCGCGCUUCGAGCGGUUCUCAAAUUUGAUUCUUCUAGUUUCAUGAGCAUGCUGAAUGAGGCAUUUGAAGAUAGUUUCUUGAAUGACUCCGCUGAUGCUGGUAACGGAGAAUCUGAACAGGGACAAAGCUCCUCAGGAUUAACUAUUAACCGCCAGUUUCUUGUUAGUGUUUUGUUGGAUGUCAUGAGCAAUAGCGAAUUUGGUCCCGACGAAAGUAUCUUUCUGGACAUGUUCAUUGCGAGAAAUCUGCCAAAGUACCCUCAAUAUAUUCUACUCUCGGGCUCCACAUUGUAUCAAGUGCUUGAACGAUUGUGUCGAUGGCCUACUCCAGAGCUUGCAGAGGACUGUCAACUAAGUGUGGAAUAUCUACUAUCUACCUACCACCCGCCUGAUCUUCAAAGCUUGAUACCUCUUUUCAAAGAAGCGGGGUAUUAUCGUGUCUUGAAGUCUACCUACCGCGCAGAGAAGCAGUACGCAGAACUGAUUGUGACUUACCUUGAAGAUACAAGUGAGCGGGAGGACGUUUUUACGUGUAUAUAUGAAUGCCUGCGAUCAAGAAGUGCGCUGAGUAGUAAACAACGUGAGGAGGUCUUGCAAGUGAUCAAAAGCCGGGCGGGCGAGUUGGCACUCGUCAACGUCUCGAAAACAGCCUGCACGGUUCAAGAACUUAUGCCUUCACUGCACGCAGUGUUCUUGAAGUCGUUGGAUCAAGAUGAUUAUAGACAGUAUCACUAUCUGUCGACAUUGCUCGAGCCACAAGAUUCCGAAACUGAUUUGAAGGUCACGCCUGCAGAGCUAGAGAGGUCAAUGGUCGAGUUAUAUGUACAGCUACUGUGUCGAUACAAUCGAUCUCAUGUAGCAGAUUAUGUCGAUACACUCCGAGUCAACGAGUUGCGACUGGACGAAGUUCUCCCAGCGAUGGAGGGAAGCGGUGUUGUUGACGCGGCGGUUGUACUUCUCGCGCGACAAGGGCAGGUCCGCAAGGCCAUGGACCGUCUUUUGGCAUACUUGAACACUCUAGAGUCCGGCUUGGUGGGAAUUUUGACCAAUGUGGAGGAGGCACCCGAUGUCGCUGGUACGUUUGAAGCCGUUGGAGACCUUCUAGAAAGCGUGGAGAAGUAUUCCGGAGUUGGAAUAUGGUUGUGUCAGGGACAAACAAAGAAUGCGCAACCCAUUCGAAAUGGUAAUGUGCCAAGCAACAAACGUGCUUCUGUUAUGGCUUUGCAGGAACCACUUACAUUUGAGGAGAAACUUUGGCUGGAUUUGAUUGAUGCAGUUGUGGGCAUGGCGCGUAACAUUUCAUCGCUUCUACAAAAGACGUCGACACCAGAGAAACUGAAGUCCUUGUUACUAUCUGAAGCUCAGGACAAAGCCGCCGAGGGAGAUGUGGAGUUGACUUCUUCAUUCCGGCACUUGGUACAGAAAGUAUUCACUGCCCUGCUGACCAGCACGACGACCGGCGGACCAUCACCCGGUGAACGAACGGGAGUGUCAUUCUUACGCAUCCUGCGGGCUUUCCUUACCCAAGCUGCGACUACUUCCCCGUCACUAUCCGAACUACGCUCCGUACUUGCAUCUAUCUUUUCUGCAUAUACAUACGAAGAAUCCUUACUAUCUCUAGCCAAUGGCAUGCUAGAUAAGGAUUUGUUUGUCCACGUGAACGAGGUGAACAAGCUUCGACAACACGGAUGGAGACCUAGAGGACAGAUGUGCGAGAUCUGCCGUCGUCGUAUAUGGGGACCUGGAGCAGGUGCAUCCUUGUGGACUGCAUGGGAACGAAAGAAGGAUAACGAAGACCGACGACGAAGCGAGCGGGAGGCAGAUGAUCGGAGCGCACUCGCAAAGGGCAAGGGACCAAGCAAGAACCGAGAUGAGGAUGGUGGAAAUUUGACCGUCACCAACCGCGGCAGUAGUAACACGGACACGGCAACGGACGGUGAUGAUGACGAUGAUAAUGCAUCAUUAAAUGACACUGGCGUGAAUUCAAAAGGACUAGGAUCAGGACCAGUGGUGCAUAUAUUUGCAUAUAGUUGGAGUGCCCCCAGCCUCCGAGCAGGUAGUGCUUUUGCUGUAGUGGUUGAAGUAGUUUAUGCAGGCCUAGGUACCUGCGCAAUUAUCCAGUUGAUAUCAGAUUUUGAUGACUCUUAUACUUAUGAUAUUACGUAG